AGCUUCAAAUCGGGGGUUGGAUCUGUCAGCACUUGGACCAUGCAAUAAAGGGGCAAGGAAGGAGAGGAGGGGGUGAACAAGGAAGCACCCCUCCAUCCUGGAUGCCCCCUCUCCACCCAUGGAUUUACCCUGCACCCUGACACCUAUGCUCCACUGGAACAUGCUCUGUGCGGCAGCACCCCUAUAACGGAGGGGGCAUGUAAAUGUUUGUGCUGCACUGGGGGGAAGGGUCUAUUUAUUGUUUAUUUAUUUGGUGUCUCCACUAGAGCAUUAUAUAUAUAUUUAUACAUAUAUAUAUAUAUACAGAUAAUAGAUACCUACAGCAAAGAUGAAGAAGCAAUUCAAUCGGAUGAGGCAGCUGGCUAACCAGACAGUGGGAAGGGCUGAGAAGACUGAGGUUUUAAGUGAUGACCUAUUGCAGGUGGAGAAGCGUCUGGAGCUGGUGAAGCAAGUCACCCACAGCACCCACAAGAAACUAAUGGCUUGCCUUCAGGGUCAACAGGGGACAGACACCGACAAGAGAUCGAAAAAGUUACCUCUAAUAACCCUGGCUCAGUGUUUGAUGGAAGGAUCGGCUGUUUUGGGCGAUGAUUCUUUGCUUGGGAAGAUGCUGAAACUAUGCGGCGAGGCAGAGGACAAACUAGCCCAGGAGCUCAUCCACUUUGAGCAGGAUAUGGAAAGAGAUGUGGUGGAUCCAUUGUUUGUACUGGCGGAGGUGGAGAUCCCAAACAUCCAAAAACAGAGAAAACAUUUAGCCAAAUUAGUCUUGGACAUGGAUUCUUCUAGAGCAAGGUGGCAGCAGUCUGCUAAAUCCUCUGGAAUCUCCAGUAAUCUGCAGCCCUCGGGAGCUAAGGCUGACGCACUCAGGGAAGAGAUGGAGGAGGCAGCAAAUCGGGUCGAAAUAUGUAGGGAUCAGCUGUCAGCAGAUAUGUACAACUUUGUGGCCAAAGAAAUAGACUAUGCAAGCUACUUCCAGACGUUAAUAGAAGUGCAAGCAGAGUACCACCGGAAGUCACUCGCUUUAUUGACUGCUGUGUUGCCACAGAUCAAAGCCCAACAAGAGGCCUGGAUAGAAAAGCCAUCAUUUGGGAAGCCUUUAGAGGAACAUCUGGCAGUCAGCGGGAGAGAGAUUGCGUUUCCAAUAGAAGCGUGCGUCACCAUGCUGCUGGAAUGUGGAAUGCAAGAGGAGGGCCUGUUCCGAGUGGCUCCUUCUGCCUCCAAGCUAAAGAAGUUAAAGGCUGCCCUGGAUUGCUGCGUAGUGGAUGUGGCUGAAUAUUCUGCUGACCCACAUGCCAUAGCAGGAGCAUUGAAGUCUUAUCUCCGAGAGCUUCCUGAGCCCCUCAUGACAUUUGAACUAUAUGAAGAAUGGAUACAGGCAUCAAAUGUCCAGGAACAAGACAAGAGGCUGCAAGCUCUAUGCAAUGCAUGUGAGAAGCUUCCUAAGGCCAAUUAUAAUAAUCUCAAAUAUGUCAUUAAGUUUCUGGCCAAGUUAACAGAAUACCAGGACGCAAACAAGAUGACCCCCAGCAACAUGGCCAUUGUACUGGGACCUAACCUUCUGUGGCCGCAGGCGGAAGGGAACAUAACAGAAAUGAUGACCACUGUAUCGCUUCAAAUAGUUGGAAUUAUUGAGCCAUUAAUCCAGCAUGCUGAUUGGUUCUUCCCAGGUGACAUAGAGUUUAAUGUGACGGGUAAUUAUGGCAGCCCGGUGCACACCAACCACAAUGCCAACUACAGCUCCAUGCCGUCCCCCGAUAUGGACCAUUCAGACAGAAAACAGCACGACCAGGCCAGGAGGCCACUCAGCGUGGCUACUGAUAACAUGAUGUUGGAGUUCUACAAGAAGGAUGGCCUUAGGAAAAUACAAAGAGAUGGUAAGCAGAUGUCUUUGUAUUCCCCCCUUAGCAUGGGCGUGAGGGUGAUGGACACUUCAUGGGUUGCCCGCCGCGGUUCUUCCUUAGUCCGCAAAGGCCCCUCCACCCCACCCGCCAUGCAGCCCCCUGCUCCUCCUCCUUUCGAUUCUGCAGCCACACCUCAUUCACCAAAUCCUGACUUUUCUGUAGAAAGUCCCUCCCCUACUCCUCCCAGUAGUGGCUCCCAACCGGGUCCUGAGAGGACAAGUGGAGAUGAGGUUUCGCCUCAGUGGUCGGAUUCCUGUUACAACUAUCCUUCCCCUGAAGAAGACAGAACCACAUCCUUGCUCUCAUGUUCACAAUAUCCCACCCUCCCUCCUCACCCUCCAAAAGCUCCUCCAGCUGCCAGAGCUGAAGCCCCUUCUGCCUACAGGUGGACUGGGUACAGCCAGACGUUGCCUCCUUCCCCACCAAAGCUUGACAUUAACUCCAAUCCCAAACCUUGCUUCUUACACCUUACUAAGCAGAGCUCCUUAACUGAACCCCACACUGCAGAACUUAACGUCUCUCCCCUCUACAUCAAAACCCCACUCGUUCUGACAAAACCUGACCCAUCUGGCACACCUAACCUUCCCACAAUGUCACCCCCAUGGCUCAGCUGUUCCUGUACUCGAGACAAGGGAACCAAGCUGACUAGCACAUUAAAAGGGAAGGAGCUGUCGCCUGUGUCUGGACCCAAGUCAAGUCCUAGUACUGGUCAUGUGUCUUCAGGUGGGAUGGGACUGAGCCAGCUUUCAACUGAACAAAGCCCUCAUUCUCUUAGGAAAGUAUCCAAGAAAUUAGCUCCAGUGCCACCCAAGAUUACAUAUAACCAGACAGGAACAGUGUCCGAUCAAUCCACGGGUCAGCCGUCUCCUGUCAGUCUUUCCCCAACACCUCCCAGUACCCCAUCUCCUUAUGGACUGAAUUACCAGGGUUCUUUGGCCUCAACUCCCAAUCUCUCAUCACCCCCACCGCUGACCAGCACUUUAACCAAAUCCCGUCCCAUGCCUAAACCACGACAGAGGCCAUCUCUUCCCCCACCCCAGCCUCCCACCUCAGGUCAGUCUGCUUCCAGCCCGCAGUCUGCAGAGAACAGCAUUCUAGAUGGCCUAUCUCCUGGGGAAAGUAUGUCUACAGAUAUCAUCCAUUUUGACAUUCCGUCCAUCCUAAUCGAGAUCGACACUGCCUUGAAACGUGAUGCCAUGAAACAGGAACAGGAAAGGCGUUCAAUGGAGGGCAGAGCUGAAUCAGACGAGGAGUCAGAAAGCACGGCGCUUUGACGUUAGUCAUUCUCCGUACCCAACAGCCAAACCUGUGCCAAGUUCUGUAUUAUAUCCACAUUUCCACUUCUAGAAAUGGGGUGCCAUUGGAAUUAAUAAAGGGAGUCCUUUCUACACUCAGAGGAUUCAUUCUACAGUCCUCUCAAAUGAAGUCUGGGCCACAAAUCGAUUAGAAUGAGGAACAAAAAAUAUAAUAUGUUUCCCCAGAACUCAAUGGGUUAUUGACGCAGGUAGUAAUGUGUCCAUCUGUGUACAUAAAUCUAGGAAAAUCCUCAGCCAUGUUAAAAGUGGUCACUGCUGCUAUUUUAUUUUUGUUUGCUCAAAAUGACUAUGUAUUCCACCUGGCCACUGUUUAUCAGCUCCACCUCGUAAAAAUUAAGCUUUUUGCUUAGCCUUAGUUCCACUUUGAGAAUAUGAAGCUUUUUAUCAAGAUGCCUGACCCUGACUAGUCAGGUUUUUGCUUUAUGCGAGGUCAUUUUCCUUUGGUCUUUAUUGGUGUGCCAUCAUCAAAAUACCGAGCAUCAGAGGAAAAAGUUGGCUGGUCCUUCCUGAAAAACCAAAACAGACAUUCAUAUUGUUGGCACGUUAGCAACAGCCUUUAUGUGGCACUCAGAGCCAAAUUAUGUGCAAGGAUCAUGCCUAGAGGCCUCAUUAGUGCUUGGAGGAGCAUACCAGUUGACCUAGCUAUGGAUGAAAAGAACCAGUGUAAGGUUUGAGUUUUCUGCUAUAUACAGCAAGGCAACAUUGUGCGUGUGUGCAUGUGUGUCACCAAGAGGGUGUCAAUGGAAAGAUAAGGCUCCCUAAGUAUGCUGUCAUACCAUUUUAUCUUGUAACCAAACCAAACAGGGUAGAGCUGCUCAAAAUACUCCAGGCCAAUGGGACCACACAUUCUAGAAAGAAACUGAGUAUUGUGACAUCAGUGCAUGCCCUGCAUGUUCUAAAUCCACUCAGUAGCUUGACUGCUCUCAUAGCUGGAGAAUAAUGUAGGAUAAGGCAGAUUUAACUUCCACAAAAGGAGACUGCUUUGCAUUCAUAUAUCAUUAUAUAUCCUCCAAAGGAAAGCCUGCCCCAAACAUAAAUGUCACCCUCCACCCGUGACUAUUUUGAUUAUGGCUAGAAUGAUUGUAAGAUGCAACUUGUCAGUAUGAAUCAGUAAAGAAAGAAUGUAUGAAUUCAAACCCCAACCUGUACUCCAUUCUCAGCAAGGGGAAGGAAAGGGCAUAUAAGUCAUCUGUAGAAUUUCUCCGCUCCUCAGAGCUGCAAUCAACAGAAAACCCUGCAUGUAUGCCUUGGUUAUGUCAUAGGUUCCAUGCCACCAUUAUUUUUUUGCACAACUUCCCCCGUCAGCAAGUGGAUAAAAGGACAUGAAAAAAACAAAAAUAAUUAUAUUCAGAUGCAAAUGUUGUUUUAUAUUUUAAUUUAUAAAAUAGUAUGUAUUUAUGACUUUCUAAGCUUUUAAGUGAUGGCAAAGGGGACACAACCUCAUCACAUCUAUAGUCUUUUUUUUUUGUUAUGUUAUACGGUGCUUCUAUAUCAUUAUGUUGGAGGGUAGACCCACUUUUAAACAGUGCAACAGUGCAUGGUUACCUGCCAUGCUAUUUUUUUCCUGAUCAUGUUCAAAUUCCAAAUAUUUUUAUUUAGCUGUAUCUCCUCUUUGGGCUUACAAAAUUAAUAUUUUUUCCUGUAGUUGGCUAGAUAUAUCCGAUUCCUGGACAAUGCAUUCUUUUUGAUAAAGGGAGAAAUGUUUUUUUUUUCAGGUAUACUUGAAUUUCAACCUGGACUUAGAAUUUUAAAAUGAUUAUCUGCACAUUUUAACUUCUACAACAAAACAAAUGAUGAUAAUGGAACAAAGACAGUUUUAGGGUCUGGCCACACGAGCAGAUUUGUGGAGAUUAGUCACCAGGUGAUCAGAGUUGUGGGGAAACCACAUGGUUGCCAUGGGUGCCUCCAUCUUGGAAGCCAAGCAAGAGGGAAUGGAUGCGCUAAAUCGUGCUCUUGACACCCUCCUCCUGUAAGCUGCCUAGUCCCAUCCACUGCUUGACUUAUAGACUCAAUGUCAAGAGGGACAGAGUCUGAAACUCAAGUGGUGGUAGUAGGGACUAGAACACUCCAAUGGAAGCUUACAAGGAGGGGUGGCUAGAACUCAAGCAAUGGACAAGAAUAGAACACCGUUGCAGCUUACAGGGGAGGAACAGGAAGUCUCAAAUUCAAACAGUGGGCUGUAGUGAUGUGCGGGCUGGCCCGAUAACCCGGCAGUUGGGCUGUUUUGGGCUGACCUUGCAAGCUUCUUCACCACCGUCGAAUGCCAGCUGGACUAAGGGAGGGCGGGUUAGGGUUUGGUGGGGGUCGGGGAAAUUUCCCAAACCCACACACCACUAGUGGGCUGGACUAGAAUACUCCAAUUACAUCCAACAAGGGGUUCAAACAGUAGGUGGGACUAUAGGGUGGUUAUAGCGGAAGGACAGGCAGUUUUUGGCACAAGGAGUGGAAGUGCUACAGCUCUGAUUGUACCCUACAGAGAAAGUCUUAAAUAUAAUAUAAAGAUAUGAGCUUCAUAUAACAGUGAUGUAGAGAGAGGUCUCUGUCCCCUGGGGUAUUUCAGUGCAGAUGUUACUAUCAGUGCAAUUCGUUGUUCAACACAUGGCUUAGCAUAGAUGUAAUACCAUUCCAUUUACACCCCAACAUUUGUUUAGCUUCCCCAAGUAAAAUUAUUUUUGUCUGUCUGUGUGUGAAGGUUGGGGUCCCUUAAAUAUUUAUUUUUUACAUGAGAUUCUAUAUAUAUAUAAAUAUAUAUAAAUAUAAAUGGCUGUAUAUCAGAUGAAGACUUUGCUUAUUUGCUUGUGUAGGAGUGAGUGCGUGACUGAGUGUUACAAACAAGUGGUUAGUGCAAAGUGUGAGGCAUAUGUACAUAGGUAUUGGUUAAUGCAAAUAUACAAGAGUCUAAUGUACAGUAAAACUGUAAAAAAGGAAAUACAAUAUAUACACUGAAGAGAAGAGUAUUUUCCUGCAGUGAUGUAAAUAUUAGCUUUAUUAAAUCUGUCAUCAGUCAUACAAUUGAACAUGACUGUCGUCCAUCUGCCAUUGUUAGACCGUCGCUUAUGUUACGGUAUUGCUGGCGCUAUGGACAAAUAGCUGCCUGCUGUUCAUGCACAAAUGAUUCCGCCAGCUGGGAAUAUAUUUUUUACCCGUUUGCCCCAAAUUUUGAAUGAAAAAAAAAAUUAUUUUCAAGGCCACGUUGGAUUCCAUGAGGGUAAAUUGGAAUAUUCACCGGCAUCUUACUGAAUAUAAUGUUAUCCAUUGACUUGUAAUGUUUUGUGUGGUAGGCUUACUUACCAAUAUGAAAGUAAAUUGUUUAUAUAAAGUAUUCUUCUUAUCUACAAGUGUUUGCCCAGACCCAUUCAUUUGUACCAUGUACCACAGGUUUUUGCUUUCUCUGUUUCUGUACACAGACACCUACAUUUACCCCAUGAAUACAGUGCUCCUGAUGCUCAACAGCACUGUAUUCAUGUUGAGAUGUCCUGCCCUCUAACUUGACCUUUUUUCAGACAUGCAAGUUAAGGAGCACCCGCAGACUAGUCCACCUUUCACCCUGUACUUACCAUAUGCCCUAUGGCAGGCAGCAAGGACAGGGCUUCCGUGCAGGCCCUGACUGGCAAUCUGUGGGUUCUGGCAAAUGCCAGAGGGGCUGCUAUAAGGUGCCAUAGAAAGUCAGUAUUUAGUGGGCUGUUGGGGGCUGUUUGGGACAUGUUUACCUGAAAUGCCAGGGCCUAUUUUAAUUCUCAGUCCGGACCUGCUUCUGUGUGCCCACCAAUGCUGCACUCCGCACCUCGAGGUGCAAUAAUCAAUAAUAAUUUGAUACAUAUACAGUAUAGAGAUAGGGUUUUAUCAGAAUAGUAAGAACGAGACACAUUAUAAUACCAGAUUCAAUUUGGCACCUCUGAAAAUAAAACAAAAACUGGAGGAGUCGAAGUCUAGGCUUAAAUUCAAUAUAUUUGCCAUUUCCCAAUUCCUCUUUCUUGUCAAUGUGGUUUUAAAGUUUCAUUGUUAAUUGUUAGCAUGAGAUCAAUGGGGAGAGGGGAAGAAAUUCAUCAAAAUCAAUAUAUACCAAUAAUUUGGGCCAUAGGUUUUAUCUACCAAUGAACUGUCAAUAGUCAAGCCUUGUAACUUGUGUAAUCUGAGCACACUUUGCUACACCCCUCCAUACCCAGUGCACCUCCCACCCCUAAAGAUGGCGGCACACAGAGAGGGAUAUCAGCAUAAAGUCCUUUUAUUUUUGUACAGCAUCACUGACAUAUGCAAGUCGGCAAACACAGUAACAGACCAGAACUUUUAUACAGCUGAAUAUUAUUAUGCACAACUAGGAAAUGGAUCCCUGUGAUUUGUGUGUUUGUGUAAGACCAUUCCAACUGCCAGUGGAUCUCUUAACAGGCCGUCCCUAGGCUGUCUCUCUGUCUCUCUCGUAUCUCAAUAUCCUGCAGAUAAAUCUAUUGUAUCAGUGAGUCUCUCUGUAAUCAAUCAACUGGUCUGACAUUGCUUCUCCUGAGGCUCCGCUCCUCAAAAUGGUUUAUUUUCUUUUUUUUAAAUAAAAACAAGAUAAACGAAA